GAUCCGGGUGAUCUCGUCGCUCCCGCCGUCUGACCGGUGCUGCCUGCCGUCUCUGUCGGUCGCUCCUUCACCGACCUUCCCGCCACCUCUCCGACGCCGAUCCGCCGUCCUUCCGACCGCCCGCGCCCACGGUCGGUAAUCGUCCACUGUCCGCGAGCGUCUCGCGCGCGUACGCCGCGCUUCUCGGCGUUGUCGAUCGAUGGUCGCGUCGUCGGCUGCUCCGACCGCGUGGCUCGUCGCUCUGGCGCUGCUGCCGCGCCCGUGCUGGUCUCGUCGUGUUGUCGUACCGCCACGGAACGCUCCGUUGCUCGCGUUCGUGUCGUCUGGUCUACCGUCCCGGUGAAUCCGCCCACGACCACGUUGCUUCCGUUCUCGUUCCGUUCCACGCGCCUUUCGUCGUCGGGAUACCGCGCGCCGCCGUUUCCACGCUGCGCCAUGACUUCCCCGCCGCGGACCGAUCGUCCCGAUCCUGCGGCCAGGUUCCGCUCUCUCGCCGAGAGGUUGGCCGCUUUGUCCACGGACGACCACGACCCCGACGUUCCGUCGUUCGUCCACGCUUGCCUCUGCGAUCUCGACCGUCUGGAUUACCCCGGCUUCUUCGCGGUUGCCGAUCACCACGAACGACUGUCCCUCUUGGUCGAACGACUCUGCGCCGUUGUCCAGCCCGCUGCCGAGGUCCUUCUGCUCCGCGCUUUUUGCCGCUUCCUCGCUCGACUGCUGCGAGAUCGUCGCCCGAGACUCCCGGACCGUACGCUCGCGUGCUGUCACCGAUGGAUCCUCGGGAUGCUCCGAACCGCUCCGCCUGUCGCGCGCACCCGUGCGCUCCUUCUCGUCGCUUUCAAGAGUCUCUCCGCCCACGCACGGAUCGUCGACGCUGAUCGCUGUCUUCGGUUGCUGUUGGAGGAUCCCGGUUUCCUCGGGUCGUCUUCGGAGCCGUGCGAACGGCCACCGGGUUCGUCCGAACUUCGGUAUCGUGCCGUCGAUUGUGUCCGAGCGAUUUUGUUCCACGGUUGCGGCACCGGUCUUUCUCCGGCCCCGGAUCUUCUGCGUAACGUUAAACACGUCGUACUAGACGUCGUCUCGUCCUGCUGCUGCUGCUGCUGCUGCUGCUGCUGCUACUGCUGCUCCUCCUCAUCCUCCUCCUCCUCGGACCGAGAGCACCGAGAGGACCGACUUUACAGAACCAGAACCCUGCGUUCCUGCCUGUCAGUUUUGACGAUUCUCACGGCUCGUAGACUGCUGCCGUGUUCCGUCGAUUACGUCGGUGAGAUCCUGGGAGUGGUGCGCACGUUUCUCUUUUACGGCGUCCGAGACCGGUGUCCGAUCGCGAAGCCUGCGCCGCUUCGUCCGGCGGUGAUGAAUCUCCCGGAACCGGUGCGUCCGCUUCCCAGGUGCAAGAAUUUCAAGGACCGUAAGGCCAGAUCGAGCAGGCAGCCUGCGAGGAACGUCGCCGCGAGCGGCGAGACCGACGCUGCUCCGACGUCCGAAGGUCGCGUCGUCGUCCUCGAUGCUGAUUCGUGCUCCGAUUCCUCCGAUACCUCCGACGCCGAGUUCGCCGACGAUUCUCUUCUUCUUCGGAUCGAUUCUACGGUCAGGCUGGAGACCGUCUGCUUGUUCCGAGCGCUCGUCGAGCGUUCGCCGAGCCGCGACCUCUUCGGAUUUUGGCCGCAGAUCGUUGCCACUGGCUCGCCGAGAGACCACGCCCGCGUACUCGCCAGGAGUGUCUUGACCGAACCCGUCUCCGGGAUCAAGCGACGCGCCUUGACCGUCCUCGGGGAGCUGCUCACCGCCGCCAGACCCUUCUUGAUGCACGCCGAGGACGUCGAUCGUCGUCCCUCCGCGUCUUUCGUCGCGUUCUUCGGUACCGUUUCUCUCAUGAUCAAGGAACUCCACUUCACGCUCUCCUUGGUCCUCAGCUGUGAGACGAACGUGGCGGUGUUGACCCACGGUUUGAAGGCUGCCGCCGCUUUGAUUCGCGCCACGCCGUAUGCGCGUUUGAGCCCGGGACUCGCUCGGAGACUCCUCAGAAAUUGUAGACCGUACGUCUUUCACAGAGAUCCCACGGUACGCGUCGCUGCGUUGUCGGCGUUCGAGGCGAUCGCCUCCUGCGAUCCCGUCACUCCGGAGAUCUUUCGGAUACUCGCCAACGAUUCCGUCGCCGAUCUGCCGCCCGAUAGCCAGUUUCUGCCCGGUCUGUCGAAUCCGAUCGGCGAUCGCGAUGCUACGACGACGACGACCACCAACACCACGGACGAGAGAGAACGGGAGGUGGAUGCGGAAGACGUCCGCGACGACGACGACGACGACGACGACGACGACGACGACGACGACGACGACGACUACCACCGCUUGGAGGAACCGGUCGGGAACGAGUACGACGAGACGUCGUCCCGGGGGACGAACUUGUCUUUCUUGGUUCGUCGUUGUUUGGACAAUGUGUCCGACGAGACGAUGAAUACACCUGUGCGCCUGCAGUCUUUGAGACUGAUCGGCAGACUGGCGUUCGGUGGUGCUGGAAGUUUGAUACUUUCGCGCUUGCCACUGAUCUUACCCGUUUUGAUCCGAGUCAUCGACGACGACGCGGACGACGAGGACCGUCACUGUCACCGUGACGACUCGGAGACGCCGGUAGCGUUGCAUGUUUGCCGAACGCUCGAGAUCCUGGCCGGCUGUUUCUCGACCACCGUCGACGAGAACGACCGCUGCUCGUCGGAUCGUUCGACGGCGGAGAAUGACGAUCGUGCUUUCGUGUUCUGGAACGCUGUGCUUGAUCCUGUCGCCCGGCUCGCGCGACACCCGCGGACCGUCGUCAGAGAAGCUGCGUGCGAUUGCCUGGGCAGCGUCCAUUCUACCGUGUUCGCUCGACUUCCGAGACAAAAAGCAGUUUUGAUUAUUACAGUACUGUUUGGCGCGGUACGCGAUACGGAGAGUGCUGUGAGAGCUGCUGGAUUACGGUCGCUGGGUAUGUUGGUCGCUCUGCCCGCGUUGCGGGAAGAGACUGGUUUUCUCAUGGACCUGGCCGACGUUGUAUGUUCGACCGCGGCCGACGACGCGAAUCUCGGGGUUCGCGUUAAAGCGGCUUGGGCGUUGGCCAAUCUGUGCGAUCGUCUCCGUGGUCUCGUCGAACGAAACUGUCGGAGCAGGGAUCGCGAAGGAACGGAGCCGACGAUUCCCUUGGGCACGUUGCUGCCGAGAAUGUAUCGAGUCUGUGUCCAAGGAUCCAAGGACAACGACAAGGUCAAGUGCAACGCCGUCAGAGCGCUGGGAAGUGUUCUGUGCCUGUCUGUUGUCUCUGACGCGGAACCACGCGUGUUGAAGGACGCGUCCUCGGGAUUCGAGGCUCUCGUCGAUUCCGCUACCGUCGGAAACGACAUGAAGGUCCGUUGGAACGCUUGUCGAGCUCUGGGCCUGAUUCUGAGCGACCGUCCGGACGACGUGUUGCCCUCCUCCUGGCGAGUACGUAGCGAUCCUGAGAAGCACGCGCGCGCUCGUUUUGUCUUCUCUCUCCGUCGGGCACGAGUGUGUUUGAUACGAGAUUCGCUUUCGCAGGAUCGAGCGCUUCCUGCGUUGUGCGACCUGAUUUGCGACAGUCCGAACUUCAAAGUGCGUACCAACGCGGCAUGGGCACUGUACUCGUGCCAUUCGUAUGGGAGAUACCCGAUUCAUCGUUUGUGGAAGAGUCUCGUUUUGGCGUUCGAGAAUACUCGCCACGUACCGAGUUACGUCGAGUAUCCCCAUCGCGACGCGCUCCUUCGACAGCUGUGCGUUACGCUCGGUCACGUGGCUGGCUGUACGGAGGUGUCGGACUUGCGAAACGUUUGGGCGGAGAUCGGUGACCACGUGGACGAUGUCUCCGGCUACGUCAGACAGUUCCAAGAGACUGUGGUGCCUGAGAAGAUGGGAGAUGUGAUCGGAGCGAGAGCUCGGUUGGAGAGCUGUGCGAGAGACGCCCCGUCGGUGGAAGAACGAAGAAUUGCGCGAUCUUUGAGUAGGAUUUUUGAAAGGAACGAACGACACGACGAUUUAGACAGUACCGUGGUUUAACGAUGUACAAUUUUAUAAAAUGAAAAUACAUUUGUUGUGUCUCGAUCA